UUGGAAUUAAUACGGAAGCCUGGCAUGAUUACGGAAAUAAAAAUAAAAAUAAAAAUAAAAAAGAUAAACAACCAGCCCAUCAUAGAGUGCCACAUCUUACAACCUAUCAUUUACAACAACCUUGACAUAUCACGCACAUGCAAGACUUUCAAAAGUACAACAAGGUUGGUAUAGGCCAUACCUGUCAAGGAUAAGAACUAAAGGAGUUAUAGGAAAUUUCUUCCAUAUUUGAAACGUGCUCAUCCUUUCUUAUAUAUAUUUACCAUAAUUACCAACUAAUAAUAGUUGAUUAAUUCGAACAUGAUGACGACAAGAACAACUUUGUUAUUUAUUAGCUGUUGUAACUUGCUAAGGUUGCUAUAAAACCCCCCCACAUGUAUUUCAAUCAGGCAAUAACAAAUAUUGAAUUGUCAUACGUGUUUGCAAUGGGUUCCUCAUCUUGGGUCGCAAUUCUCUUGUUGAGCCUGGCAGCCUUACGCUCAUGCUUUGCCACAGAGGUCACAUAUGAUGCAAAUGCUCUCAUUAUUAACGGGGAAAGGCGUCUUAUUUUUUCUGGUUCUGUCCAUUAUCCACGAAGCACAGUGGAGAUGUGGCCAGACAUUAUUCAAAAGGCCAAGGAUGGAGGCCUUGAUGCCAUUGAAAGUUACGUAUUUUGGGACCGUCAUGAGCCUGUUCGACGUGAAUACGAUUUCUCAGGAAAUUUGGAUUUUAUCAAAUUUUUCAAGCUAGUCCAAGAGGCUGGUUUGUAUGCCAUUUUAAGGAUUGGUCCUUAUGUUUGCGCAGAAUGGAACUAUGGAGGUUUUCCAUUGUGGCUCCACAAUAUGCCGGGGAUUGAGCUAAGAACAGAUAACUCGGUCUACAAGGACGAAAUGCAAACCUUCACUACAAAGAUUGUGGACAUGGUCAAAGAAGCAAAUUUGUUUGCAUCACAAGGAGGACCCAUUAUUCUUGCUCAAAUUGAGAAUGAAUAUGGAAACAUCAUGUGGGGUUACGGAGAUGCGGGGAAAUCGUAUAUCAAAUGGUGUGCGCAAAUGGCUGUAGCACAAAAUAUCGGUGUCCCAUGGAUCAUGUGUCAACAACACGAUGCUCCCCAGCCUAUGAUCAAUACUUGCAACGGCUACUACUGUGACAAUUUUCAGCCCAAUAACCCCAAGAGUCCCAAAAUGUUCACUGAAAAUUGGAUUGGAUGGUUCCAAAAGUGGGGUGAGAGGGUCCCCCACAGAAGUGCAGAAGAUUCAGCUUUCUCCGUUGCACGCUUCUUCCAAAAUGGCGGUGUACUCAAUAACUACUACAUGUACCAUGGAGGAACCAACUUUGGUCGCACAGCAGGAGGCCCCUAUAUCACAACAUCUUACGACUAUGAUGCACCACUUGAUGAGUAUGGGAAUUUGAAUCAACCCAAAUGGGGACAUCUUAAGCAACUUCAUGCAGCAAUAAAAUUGGGGGAAAAGAUCCUCACUAAUGCAACAAGGAUUGACAAGGAUUUAGGCAAUGCAGUCACACUAACAACAUACACCGGUGCUGGUGGGGCAAGGUUUUGUUUCCUCAGCAAUACAGACAGUAACACAGAUGCAAAUGUUGACUUACAACAAGAUGGUAAAUACUCUGUCCCUGCUUGGUCUGUGACCAUUCUUGAUGGUUGCAACAAAGAAGUUUUCAACACCGCAAAGGUUAAUAGCCAGACCUCAGUAAUGGUGAAAAAGAGUGAUGAUGCUUCUGGUAAGCUAACUUGGGCGUGGGCACCGGAGCGAAAGAAAGAUGCCUUGCUUGGAAAGGGCAGCCUCAACGCAAACCAGCUUCUCGAGCAAAAGGACCUAACUUUGGAUGCCAGUGACUACCUGUGGUACAUGACGAACGUCGAUAUCAACGACACCUCCAUUUGGUGUAAUGCAACUCUUCGUGUGGACACCAUGGGUCAUACGCUCCAUGCUUAUGUUAAUAGAAGGUAUGCUGGAUACAAAUUUAGCCAAUGGGGAAGCAACUUUACGUACGAGAAACGAGUCUCUAUAAAGAAGGGAACAAACAUCAUAGCCUUGCUUAGUGCCACUGUGGGGCUUGCGAAUUACGGGGCAGGUUUCGAUAAGAUAAAGACUGGUAUAACAGGCGGUCCUUUUCAAUUAAUUGGGAAGAACAAUGUGACUAUGGAUUUGUCAACCAACCUUUGGUCUUAUAAGAUUGGUUUGAACGGGGAAAGAAAACGUCUCUAUGAUCUACAACCACACACUGGUGUAGCAUGGCAUGCUAAUUCAUCCUAUCCUAUUGGUAAACCCAUGACUUGGUACAAAGCAGACUUUGAAGCUCCUUAUGGAACAAACCCCGUGGUGGUGGACUUGCAAGGGUUGGGUAAAGGACAUGCUUGGGUGAAUGGGCAUAGCAUUGGUCGUUAUUGGCCUUCUUGGAUUACUGCUACCAAUGGAUGCACUGACACUUGUGACUACCGCGGAAAUUAUGUAACAGAAAAGUGCAACACCAACUGUGGCAAUCCAUCACAACGGUGGUACCAUGUGCCAAGGUCGUUCUUAAACAAUGACAAGAACACAUUGGUUUUGUUUGAAGAGAUAGGUGGAAACCCUCAAAACGUUUCCUUCCAAACAGUCACAACAGGAACCAUUUGUGCUCUUGUCCACGAAGGUGCAUUGUUAGAGCUAUCAUGCCAAGGUGGACAAGUAAUCUCACAAAUCCAAUUUGCUAGCUUUGGAAACCCAAAAGGAAAGUGUGGCUCUUUUGAGCAAGGCUCUUGGGAAGCUACUGAUAGUCGGUCUGUGGUGGAAGCAGCCUGCAUAGGGAAAAGUAGUUGUGGGUUUGCAGUGACAAAAGAAGCAUUUGGUGUAGUCGGUGCUGACAACGACCCAACUAGACUAGCCGUGCAAGCGACCUGUUGAGUCGGU